UGGAGUACGGAAUUAGGUGAGUGAAUUGAGAGAGGUAUGAUAUGAUUGAUGACGAUUAUGAUUCACUCUCUCUCUCUUACACUUUGACCACCAACAAUCUUACCUCAAUUCCCUCUCUGGCCUCAAAGAGCAAAACGAACAAAGAGGCUGAACGGAGGAGACAAUUGUCAGAAAAGGUCGUACAUCUUUGCGUUUCAAGUGACAUCCUAUAGAUUCAAUACCUCAACACGCGCCCCCCCCCCAUUCUCAUCACAUUCAUUGGCGUCAACGCCAUCACUUGUAAAUCUCUCGACAUCCUCUUAUACCCGCAUUUGUCUUCAACACAGCCGUUCCUGACACACUAUACGGUCAUUCUAUCUUACGCCUUCAAACUGAACCGGCUCUACAUCCUACGCCACUUCACACCUUACCAACCAGCAUCCUCCUGAUCAUCAAAUACUAGACUCUGGGACAGGUAUCUCAGCAUGUCAUCAAUUAUGGACGAAGAUGAUUUCGGCUUGUCAGAUUUCGAAGAUGCCUCUGACGAUGAUCUAGAUAUGCAAGCAUCUCUGUCAUCUGAUCAUGACUCUGAUAACGAAAUCGCAUUAGAAGACAACGUUGACGAAGACGAAGAUUUCAACGAUGAAGACUUAGCUUUCAGUCAAGAACUCGGAAAGCGAACUCGUAAACCUUGGGAGGUUGAAUAUCGUCCCAUGAAAGUAGAAGACAUCGAAAAAGUACAAGCGAAAGAAGUGGAGCAAAUCACUGAAAUGUUGGAGACAAAGAAGACUGAUGCAGCAAUCUUGCUACGGCAUUUCGGUUGGAACAAAGAGAGAUUGAUCGAAAGAUAUAUGGACGCACCCGAAAAGGUAAAUUUGGAAGCAGGCGUCUGUCAAGAUUCAUCCAAGACUCGAUUGCAAGCAUUGACAGAUUUCACAUGCGAAAUUUGUUUUCGCUCAGCAGAGGACUUUGCUCCCGUAUCAAGAUCAACGCGAUCAGGUAAGAGGGCUGCAGCUCCCUCGCCGCCACCCACGAUCGAAACACUUGCACUAGCAUGUGGCCAUCGUUUUUGCACAGGUUGCUAUCGUACUUAUCUGGAGCAAAAAGUGAUGACAGAAGGAGAAUCAAGACGAAUUCAAUGCAUGGAAGAGAAAUGCAAUCUAGUCAUUGAUGAAGGUACUGUUGGCUUGGUUGUUAGACAAAAUAUUGCCGAACGAUACAAGACUUUGCUUAAUCGUGCAUUUGUUGACGAUUCGCAAAAUUUGCGUUGGUGUCCGGCACCCAAUUGUGAAUUUGCGGUUGAAUGUAAUACCAGUGGAGCUUCAACUGGUGGAGCUAGACCAAAUGCCAAGAAGAGAAAGAAGGAUGGACCCAGAAGUCACAUCGUACCAACGGUCAAAUGUGCGUGCGGACAUGCUUUCUGCUUUGCAUGCAAUAAUGAAGGUCAUGCGCCUGCAGUUUGUGAGGUGGUACGAAUGUGGAUUCGUAAAUGUGAAGAUGAUAGCGAGACUGCAAAUUGGAUUUCCGCCAAUACGAAAGAAUGCCCCAAGUGCGAUUCCUCCAUCGAAAAGAAUGGAGGAUGUAAUCAUAUGACAUGCAGGAAAUGUCGACAUGAAUGGUGUUGGAUUUGCAUGGGACCUUGGUCAGAUCAUGGCAAUAGUUGGUACAAUUGUAACAGAUUUGACGAGAAAGCAGGAGCCAAUGCACGCGAUCAACAGGCGAAAUCUAGAGCCUCUCUCGAGCGUUAUUUGCAUUACUUCAAUCGCUUCGCCAAUCACGAUCAAUCUGCACGUUUGGACAGAGAUUUGUACAAACGAACGGAGAAAAAGAUGGAAGAGAUGCAAGUAUCUUCUGAACUUACGUGGAUCGAAGUGCAGUUCUUGAAGAAAGCGGUUGAUAUUGUGACCGAAUGUCGUAUGACUCUCAAAUGGACAUAUGCUAUGGCAUAUUACCUGGAGAAAAACAAUAUGACUGAAUUGUUUGAGGAUAACCAACGUGAUUUGGAAAGAGCGGUUGAAGAUCUUUCGGAACAAUUGGAAAAGCCGAUCGAUAAAGCACUUAUUCCUACGUUGCGUCAAAGGGUAACCGAUCUAUCCAAUUACGUUCAACGUCGCAGAGAGAUUGUCUUGGGCGAUACUGCUCAAGGUUUUGCAGAGGGACGUUGGAGUUGGAAUGUGGAAUUUUAAGAAAAAUUCAAUUCGUAUCAAAUUUCAUCGUCAAGGAUGCCCCCUCUAUAGCUUGUCCUGUUUCUUUUUCGCUUUUUGAUCCUACAUUUAUCAUAGUAGAGCUUCUACAUAUUUGUUCUCGUCUAAUCAUCAUGUACAAUUGACAAUCUUCUCAUAACAACAACAACAACAACAUCUCUAUCAGCACUACCUCAUUCACAUUCUUUUCAUUAUGUUUCAAUAGCAAAUGGUUCCUAAUUCUUAUAUACAUUCACAAAC